GGACGCGUGUGGAGGUGUAAUUCAGAUGUUGCGCGCGCACCAAAGCUGGGUAGGGGAGAGUGAGCCAGCGGGCGAUGCGGCCAACACCUCGCGCGCCCUCUAGACCUACACCCACCUCUAGCCACUGCAUUUUACACGGUCGGUCAUGAAAAAUCUUGCCCAUUUUCUGGCUGUUCCUAUCAGCGAAAACGUGGUAACUGUCAUCUAUUCAGCAGCCGCGGCCACACUGCACUUAAGGAUCACAGAAGGGCGGUCUGACCGAACGUGGUCAGCGGGAGAACGCGGGCGUAGAGAGUGCGGCCGCGCGCGUUUCCCGCACCACACACACCCGCCCAUUCACUGUUAGCAGUAGACAGUUCACUCGGGGGGAGUUCGAUAGACAAUGUCCGAGGACUUGGACUCGAUCAGCGAGGAAGAACGAAGCUUGUUCCGACCCUUCACACGAGAGUCUCUGGCCGCAAUCGAAGCCCGCAUAGCUGAAGAGCAUGCCAAGCAAAAAGAACUCGAGAAAAAACGAGCGGAAGGCGAGAACGAUUUGGGGCGGACGAAAAAGAAAAAAGAAGUGCGUUACGAUGAUGAGGAUGAGGACGAGGGUCCCCAGCCGGACGCUACCUUGGAGCAAGGUCUACCACUGCCGGUGCGCAUGCAAGGGUCCUUCCCGCUCGAACUCGCCUCUACACCACUCGAGGACAUCGACCCCUUCUACCACAAUCAGACAACCUUCGUAGUUAUAAGCAAGGGUAAAGAUAUCUUCAGAUUUUCGGCGACAAAUGCUCUGUGGAUAUUAGACCCAUUUAAUCCCAUAAGAAGAGUGGCUAUAUACAUAUUGGUACAUCCUUUGUUUUCGCUGUUCAUUAUUACGACAAUCUUAGUGAAUUGCAUACUUAUGAUAAUGCCUACAACGCCAACAGUUGAAAGUACUGAAGUUAUCUUUACCGGGAUCUACACGUUUGAAUCAGCGGUGAAAGUAAUGGCCAGGGGUUUUAUACUACAGCCAUUCACAUACCUUAGAGAUGCAUGGAAUUGGCUUGACUUCGUAGUUAUAGCUUUAGCUUAUGUGACGAUGGGCAUAGAUCUCGGAAACCUAGCCGCUCUGAGAACGUUCAGGGUACUACGAGCGUUGAAGACUGUGGCCAUAGUACCGGGCUUGAAGACGAUCGUCGGUGCUGUUAUAGAAUCCGUGAAAAAUCUCCGUGAUGUAAUAAUUUUAACGAUGUUUUCGCUGUCCGUAUUCGCGUUGAUGGGCCUACAGAUUUACAUGGGAGUUUUGACGCAGAAGUGUGUCAAAGUGUUCCCGGAGGACGGCUCUUGGGGUAACCUGACCGACGAGAACUGGGAGAGGUUUUGUCAGAACGAAACUAACUGGUAUGGUGAAGGGGGUGAUUAUCCUUUAUGCGGCAAUUCAUCAGGGGCAGGACAAUGCGAACCGGGCUACGUUUGUCUUCAAGGCUUCGGUCCAAAUCCAAACUACGGAUAUACAAGCUUUGACACCUUCGGUUGGGCAUUUCUAUCAGCUUUCCGUCUAAUGACACAGGAUUAUUGGGAAAAUCUCUAUCAAUUGGUCUUAAGAUCAGCUGGCUCGUGGCACGUAUUGUUUUUCGUAGUGAUAAUAUUCCUGGGAUCUUUUUAUCUGGUGAACUUGAUUUUGGCUAUCGUCGCCAUGUCAUACGAUGAGCUACAGAAGAAAGCCGAAGAAGAAGAACAAGCAGAAGAAGAAGCUUUACGGGAGGCAGAGCAGAAAGCGGCAGCGAGAGCGGACAAACAAGAAGCACGAGAAGCCCACGCGAGAGAACAAGCGGCGGCCGCGGAGGCUGCAGCUUACGCCGAGGCGCAUCCCGCCAAGUCGCCGAGUGACUUCUCCUGUCAAAGCUACGAGCUGUUCGUGAACCAGGAGCGGGGCAACCAAGACGACAAUACCCGGGAACGCAUGUCCCUACGUAGCGACCCCUUCCAGGACUCGGUGAGCACUCAGCCCGCGCACAAGCCCACCGCCACCGACACGCACGACUCCGCACGACGGCCGAGGAAGGUCAGCAUGGCGUCUUUAUCAUUGCCUGGUUCUCCAUUCAAUUUGCGCCGUGGUUCACGUGGAUCUCAUCAGAUGGCUCUGAGACCUAACGGUAGACCGAGAUAUCCUCCCGGAGGGGAUCGGAAGCCACUGGUUUUGUCUACGUACCUCGAUGCACAGGAACACCUGCCUUAUGCUGAUGACUCGAACGCUGUCACACCGAUGUCUGAAGAAAAUGGUGCUAUCAUCAUCCCAGUUUAUUAUGCUAAUUUAGGAUCCCGACAUUCUUCAUACACGUCUCAUCAGUCACGUUUGUCUUACACGUCUCACGGGGACUUGUUGGGCGGAGGGAAAGCUCAAACUAAGGAAGCUAGAUUACGCGGCAGGUCCGCUUCUAGGAACCACAGUGUGACAUCACAACCUCACGCCUAUCCCUUACCUAGACAAGACUCCUCGCUAGCAUCUAGACCCCUUAGAGAAUAUGAAGUAAGUACGACUGAGUGCACAGACGAAGCUGGAAAAGUUCUGAAACCAUCAAGCGAUAAUCCGUUCAUAGAAUCGUCACAGCAGCCUAACGUAGUGGAUAUGAGAGACGUAAUGGUAUUAAAUGAAAUCAUUGAACAGGCUGGACGUCAGAGUCGGGCGAGCGAACAAAACGUGUCAGUGUACUACUUCCCAACAGCCGAAGACGAUGAAGAUGGACCCACAUUUAAGGAGAAACUACUCGAUUGUCUAAUGAAAGGAAUAGACUUCUUCUGUGUGUGGGACUGUUGCUGGUUGUGGCUCGAGUUCCAAAAAUACGUAGCGCUGUUGGUGUUCGAUCCAUUCGUCGAGUUGUUCAUCACGCUCUGUAUUGUUGUAAAUACACUAUUUAUGGCUCUGGACCAUCAUAACAUGGAUAAAGACAUGGACAAAGCGUUAAAAAGCGGCAAUUAUUUCUUCACGGCGACAUUCGGCAUAGAAGCAACACUAAAAUUAAUAGCAAUGAGCCCGAAAUAUUAUUUCCAAGAGGGAUGGAAUAUUUUUGAUUUCAUUAUUGUGGCCUUAUCACUGCUUGAAUUGGGGCUUGAGGGUGUUCAGGGUUUGUCGGUAUUACGAUCGUUUCGUUUGCUACGUGUAUUUAAACUGGCCAAGUCUUGGCCGGCGCUAAACCUUAUUAUAUCCAUAAUGGGUAGGACGGUGGGAGCUUUAGGGAACUUGACCUUUGUACUUUGCAUCAUUAUAUUCAUAUUUGCGGUGAUGGGAAUGCAGUUGUUUGGGAAGAACUACACAGAUUACGUAGACCGGUUUCCUGAUGGGGACCUUCCUCGGUGGAACUUCACGGAUUUUAUGCACAGUUUUAUGAUCGUAUUCCGAGUGCUAUGCGGAGAAUGGAUAGAAAGCAUGUGGGAUUGUAUGUUGGUUGGAGAUGUAUCUUGCAUACCAUUUUUCUUGGCAACCGUCGUUAUCGGAAACCUUGUGGUACUGAAUCUCUUCUUAGCCCUGUUGCUCUCCAAUUUUGGUUCCUCGAGCUUAUCAACCCCAACAGCUGAUCAAGACACGAACAAAAUCGCGGAGGCUUUCAAUAGAAUAUCGAGGUUCAUUGACUGGAUAAAACGGAACGUCGCAGACUUCCUCAAGCUACUGAAAAACAAACUCACCAAUCAGAUAGCUAUACACGCGCCCGGCUUAAAAGCCGCUUUGUGUGGUCGCUGUGUCUCCUCAGAGCGGGUCGACAACGAAUUAGAACUAGGAACUGACCUCGAUGACGCCGUACUCUAUAAAGACAAGAAACUCAAAGAUCAAGUCGAAGUGGCUAUCGGAGAUGGAAUGGAAUUCACAAUACCAGGUGACAAUAAAUACAAAAAAGGUAAAAUUUUGAUGAAUAACAUAAAUGCAAUAACAGAUAAUCACAGGGACAAUAGAUUAGACUGUGAACUGAAUCAUCAUGGAUAUCCUAUUCAGGAUGACGACACUAUAAGUCAAAAAUCUUACGGUAGUCACAAAAUAAGAUCAUUCAAGGAUGAAAGCCACAAAGGAUCGGCCGAUACGAUAGAUGGAGAAGAAAAGAAAGAUGCAAGCAAAGAAGAACUUGGACUUGAAGAAGGUAGUAAUUUAGAAUUGAUUGAGGAAGACGAAGAGGGCAAACUUGAUGGUACUUUAGGUAAAACGGAUAUAAAAGUAGGGGCCGAUGAAGACGUUGUUGAUGAUACACCAGCCGAUUGUUGUCCGGAGCAAUGCUAUCAAAAGUUUCCAUUUCUUGCUGGAGACGACGACUCGCCUUUUUGGCAAGGCUGGGGCACUCUUCGGCUCAAAACGUUCAAACUCAUUGAAAACACUUACUUUGAGACUGCAGUUAUUACCAUGAUUUUACUGAGUAGUUUAGCAUUGGCUUUAGAAGACGUACAUUUACCACACCGUCCAAUACUUCAAGACAUUCUUUAUUACAUGGAUCGUAUCUUCACUGUUAUAUUCUUCAUUGAGAUGUUGAUCAAGUGGCUUGCUCUCGGAUUCCAAAAAUAUUUUACUAAUGCUUGGUGCUGGCUUGAUUUCAUCAUUGUGAUGGUCUCGCUUAUAAACUUCGUAGCGGCGCUUUGUGGUGCCGGAGGCAUUCAGGCGUUCAAAACGAUGAGAACACUGCGCGCACUGCGCCCGCUCAGAGCCAUGAGCCGCAUGCAGGGCAUGAGGGUUGUUGUGAACGCCCUGGUACAGGCAAUUCCAUCCAUCUUCAACGUACUCCUUGUAUGUCUAAUAUUCUGGCUCAUCUUCGCCAUUAUGGGUGUCCAGCUCUUUGCAGGAAAAUACUUUAAGUGCGUUGAUAUGAAUCACACCACUCUAAGCCACGAAAUCAUUCCGGAUAAAAAUGCAUGCACCUUAGAAAACUAUACAUGGGAAAAUUCACCAAUGAACUUUGAUCACGUGGGUAAAGCGUAUUUAUGUCUCUUCCAAGUGGCAACAUUCAAAGGCUGGAUCCAAAUUAUGAACGAUGCAAUUGACUCUAGGGAGGUGGGACGUCAGCCGAUUCGAGAAACUAACAUAUACAUGUACCUUUACUUUGUGUUCUUCAUUAUAUUCGGUUCAUUCUUCACUCUCAAUCUGUUUAUCGGAGUGAUCAUCGACAACUUCAACGAACAGAAAAAGAAAGCCGGGGGCAGUCUCGAAAUGUUCAUGACUGAAGAUCAAAAGAAAUACUAUAACGCCAUGAAGAAAAUGGGUUCUAAAAAGCCUUUGAAAGCGAUUCCAAGACCAAGGUGGCGACCACAAGCAAUCGUGUUCGAGAUAGUCACUGACAAGAAGUUUGACAUGAUUAUCAUGUUGUUCAUUGGAUUAAACAUGCUCACGAUGACAUUGGACCACUACCAACAGUCGGAAACGUUUAGCGCCGUCCUCGACUAUCUCAAUAUGAUAUUCAUAGUGAUAUUUAGUUCAGAGUGCCUAUUGAAAAUAUUCGCCUUACGUUAUCACUAUUUUGUUGAACCAUGGAAUCUUUUCGAUUUCGUCGUAGUUAUGUUUUCUAUUCUUAGCUUGGUGCUCAGUGACAUUAUAGAAAAAUAUUUUGUAUCUCCUACGCUACUAAGAGUGGUGCGAGUAGCAAAAGUUGGUCGAGUCCUUCGACUCGUGAAAGGCGCUAAAGGGAUACGAACGUUGUUGUUCGCUUUGGCUAUGUCGCUGCCGGCUUUGUUCAAUAUUUGCCUACUCUUGUUCCUGGUCAUGUUUAUUUUUGCCAUAUUCGGCAUGUCAUUCUUCAUGCACGUUAAAGACAAAGGUGGUCUGGACGACGUGUAUAACUUCAAAACAUUCGUGCAGAGUAUGAUUUUACUGUUCCAGAUGUCAACGUCUGCCGGUUGGGAUGGAGUUUUAGAUGGUAUUAUAAAUGAGGAAGAAUGUGAUCUUCCCGACAACGAACGAGGAUCGCCAGGAAACUGUGGCUCUGCAACCAUAGGCAUAACUUACCUACUAUCAUACCUUGUCAUUUCUUUUCUCAUCGUCAUCAACAUGUACAUCGCCGUCAUUCUCGAGAAUUACUCUCAGGCAACAGAAGACGUGCAGGAAGGAUUGACAGAUGACGACUACGACAUGUACUACGAAAUCUGGCAGCGGUUCGACCCGGACGGUAGUCAGUACAUUAGAUACGAUCAGCUCUCAGAUUUCCUUGACGUCUUGGAACCGCCAUUACAAAUCCACAAACCUAACAAAUACAAAAUUAUAUCGAUGGACAUACCGAUAUGUCGCGGCGACAUGAUGUUCUGCGUCGACAUUCUCGACGCACUGACGAAAGAUUUCUUCGCUCGAAAAGGGAAUCCCAUUGAGGAGACGGGUGAUUUGGAAGUGGGUCGUCCUGAAGAAGCGGGCUACGAGCCAGUGUCGUCGACGCUGUGGCGGCAGCGCGAGGAGUACUGUGCGCGACUGAUACAGCACGCGUGGCGACGGCAUCGGCGUGCACACGAGGAGCCCGAAGUGGGCGGCGGAGCGGAGGGUGCAGCCACGGCCGUGUUGCUGGACGCCGUGACUCCUAACGGUCACCGCGUGGUUCUGCAGGGUGGCGGCGCAGCCCCCCGACCCCCGGAGCCCGCGCCACCACCCGCGUCCGUCUGACCCACACUGGCGCUCGCGCUGCUGCCCGCGCUCGUCGACGACGCGCCGCUGCCGCUGCCCGCACCGCUACCAGAGCUCUUGAGCCCACCCAAGCGCACUUAAUUAUUUUUUACGCUAGACAAUUUGCGUGUACAUACGUAGAGUGCGUCGGCGGGCCGCAGGCGAGCGACGCGGCGCGAGCCGGCGCGACUUGCCGCUGCGCGUCCGCGCCGUUUAUUUCAUGGACGUUGUUCUUUCGCGAUUAGAGACGUUGUAAGUGUCGACAGGAGUGUUUUGUGUUCGCGUGGCCGAAGCUUCAGUGACAGUUUGUUUUGCGACUGUCGUCUGCGCGUUUACCGUAAUCUGUGUUCCGAUUCGUAUCCGUUCGUGAGCCUGCGUCGAUUCAGAAGACAUUCCAGUGAGAGAAGCGUAUCGACCGGAGAGAAUCGUUUUCGCAAGGUGCCCUUUUUUAAUUCAAUGAAUAGUGAUUUAUUGUAAGGUAUUGGAUAACUUGAAAAACUAAAAGCUUAUUUUUGUAUUUAAUAAAUAUCACUCUACAUUAUGAAAUUCUAAGUCAAUGUUAAAUUAAAACGUCAAUGUACCGAAAAAAUUGACAACGAUUAUGUUUGAUAUCAUUUUUCUUCCCUGAAAUGGUGUCGAACGCGAUCGUAAUUCAAGAAAUAAAUGGACAAAUUACAGCCGUUACAUCUGAAUACGUGACGGUAUAUUUCGACUUCGUUUUGAACAAAACCCCGCUGGCCCUGGGUGCGCCUUACAAAGCCACAAACCGAUUAUCGAUGUAGCACUGUAUUAAUUAAAUUAAUUCGACUUCGUUUAAUAUUCACAUUAAAAGAAUUCCAAUGUAAUGAAAUUGCCUUGACAUACUCCAGGCAUUAGUGUAAUUGUAAGUGUAACGCUUAAAAUAAGCAUGGGCUGCGCCGAUUCAUAUCAGUUUUGUCCGUUUUAAUAAUUCCAUUUUAAGCUUCUCACUGUACCGAUGUGACGUCUGCCUGCGUCUUUUUAAGGGAUAUCUUGUCACGGAUGACAAAUUAAAAAAUUUAGAAAAAUUUUUGCAAUGUAGUCUACAUUUAAGCUAAAUAAACCAGUUAUAAAAUCGGUACCAGAAUUCACUUCCGUCCUAUUCAAUAUGCAUCAUAGGAAUCGAGCCAUUUUAUGUAACGCGCACUUUCCCAAAAAAACCCUAGAUAAUGUAAUUUUUCCUUUCCCAAAAUUACAUUAGGCCAUCAGGAUGGAACGACGCCGAUCUUCCCCCCUCCCCAACCGGCGCCGUCCUUUCCUGACGUUCCAAGCGAUCCCUCUUGUAUGAGGACCGAUAUUCGCACUAUGCUCAAUCUACAAGACGCGAAACAUUGAAACCUUUUACACAUGAGGCUACUUACGUGUGGUUGAGUUAUCGGUCCUUCGAUAGUAAUAGUGAAUGUAUUCUCUAUUUAUUCAUAAGCAAGCUGAAAAGCAGGCUGGUACUGCUUCAACUUUUGUAUUCGUUCAUAAUGGUAACAUAUUGACUUUGACAUAAUUUAUGCGAGCAAUUUAAUUAGUUAAAAACGAUCACCAUUACGAGCAGUAAGAUAAACGAUAAAAUUGAUACACUUAAGUUAACGGACGUCCCUUACCGCGUAAGGUAGAGUUUAUUAAAAAAUAUUCUUUAUUUUUUGGCCCACAAUCGUAUCGACUAUUCACACUGGUCAUUGCUGAAGACGCCUUAUUUGUCAAAGCUUAGUGAAGUUUCGAAAUAGAUGUGUCAGUAUUGUAUUAAUAGCACAUCGAACAAAACAAUCGUUGAAUUUUUGUAAUUUAUCUUCGGAAGUGGUCAAUUUAAUCUACUAUUCUGUAAAUAUUGAGAGCUUAACGCCGGGUUAAUCCCGAACCGCACGUCGCAACACCUAAUCUAUCCAGUCUGAUCUAUCGACAUCCAACAAUUGGGUAGACAGCGAUACGAAGAGCUUUAAGCAAUAAACGUUAACGUGUCGAGUAUCUUGUUUACGCUUCUCAUAACACGGAUCAGAAGGAUUUCAGUGAAUAAUUUCGUACCUAUCUGAUUAUUAUUUUCAAUGUCUAAACAAAAAUCAUACAGAUUACCAUCAAGUGCAUCAUGACAUUUCAUUAUGUGUUUCAAGUUUCGAAAGUAAAUGUAAAUGAGACGCUUAUCGUUUUGCACACAUUUUGCGAAAACAUGAUAUGAAGAUAUUUAUAUAAAUGAUUUUAUAAAUAAUUAACGGGGAGUGCACAAACGAAAUUCUCUUCCCCCAUCGGUUGCGCACACCCCGUGUCUCGCCUUUUUGGGCGUCGCGUGACGUCAUUCCCUUAAUUCUAUCGUUUAUUUCGUUGUUGUUUUUUUUCAUUUGCAACAAUAGGCAGUCGUGGAGUGAAACAAAUUCUUCUAGACUUAAAAUUCGAAAUUUAUCACAUCAGAAGACUGAUUGAAUAAGACCUGUAUAGAAGCGAAUCGUUUUUUGAAACCUUUGCAUUUUAAUGUUUGGAUCUUAUAAACUUUUCGUACCUACAGGUAAUAAAAUAUCUGCUUCGAAAUUAAAUAUGACAAUAAAAAACUUUUUUAACGUGGAUAAUAAUUACUUAUUGUUGGCGUAACGGAAAUUUAUUUUUUAUUUUGUAUUAAAGUUGAUUGUAAAUUGAUGUUUCAGUCUGAUACUUCAUCAGUAGAAUUUGAUUCACUCCGUGUUGCUUUUUGUUUGUGAUUUGGACAUUACAUAUAUAUUUAUUAUAUUAUGAUUUAUGUUGGUCAAACCAAACAUUUGUACCUACUAUUAGGCAUAUUUGCACAAAAAAGUUGUGUUUAAUUAAGUUUAGACAAUAAGUUGUAAUAUCAUUGUACUGUUUAAUUUUAACUAUACUUAUGACAAAAAGUGAGUUCAGUUUGCUGAAUGUUAGAAAUUUAAUUGAGUAUUUAUUAUAUAUAUAUAUAUAUAUAUAUUGUUGAAGUUUGUACAAAAUAAAUUUAAGUAAAUGAUAAAAUAUAGAACUUGACUGCUUUAGAA